UGUUCGGGGCGCUGCUGCGUCUCACUGAGGAAAUACUUCAUCUGCAGCAAAAAUGAGUUCAGUCCAGGCUUUGAAAGAGUUUAUCAGCGAGCGACUAACAGCUGCUGCUGCAGAAAUAUUCACCGCGUUUCAGCAAACUGUCGUUCAGUGUGAGGAGGAGAUCCGUCAUCAGCGCAGAUUGUUGGGAAUCGGAAAAGAGAGUCCACAGCGACACACUGGUGCCCAGAAGACGAGCUCCAGCAUGGAGCAGGACGAACAUGAAGCUCCACACAUUAAAGAGGAGGAGGAUCUUGUUGAGGUGACUGUUACUGAUGGAGAAAGAGACAAUUCUCACAACUCUGUGAGGGACUUGACCACCCAGAGACUGACUGCUGCUGCUGUGGAAAUAUUCGCCAUGGUUGAACAAACUAUCGUCCAGUACGAGGAGGAGAUUGAGCGACAGCGCAGACUUCUGGAAAUCAACUGGAAUCCUCAAAUCAAGUUACACAGAACAGAACUCCCACAGAACCGUGACUGCAGAGAGGAGCAGCUCUUUAAAGAGGAAACAAACUACUGUUUAGACCUGGGAGAACCAGAACCUGCACUGAUUCAAAUGGAACGAGAAGAACCAGGACUUUUGCAUUUCAAAGAGGAACCGGAGGAACCAGAACCUCAGCAGAUCAAAGAAGAACCCGGAUUUCUGCAGUUUGAAGGUCAACAGUCUGAAGAGCUCGAUGAAAUGGGGACCAGCCAGGAGGGAGAGCAGCUCAUACUCAAGUUUGAAAGUGAUUCCUUCAAGUUUCCUUCUAUUAAGAAUGAAAGUUACCUGAGAGAACCAGAAGAAGUUCCAGACACUGAGCAGUUCCUGUCUCAGGACUCUGAAGUCCACCAUGUGAAAAAUCACAUUGACUCAGAAUCAGCUGUAAAUGCAGAGCUGAAAACAAUCAGCAUGUUUCAUAGUGACGGUGUGGAGAACCUUCCCGAGUCAGACAAGCAGGAUGAAUAUGGAAAAUCUGUUUAUGGGGCAACAUGUGGUGAAACUGUCACUGAUGAGAUGAAAACAGUUUGUGAACUCUAUGGUAAAAGUUACAACCAACAGAGUGCGAUGGCGCCUGUGAAGAGACAAGCUUACGAAGCGGAAUUCAAACUCAAGGCAAUCAGUCACGCAGUACAACAUGGCAAUCGAGCCGCUGCGAGGGAAUUCAACAUCCACGAAUCCAUGGUGCGGAAGUGGCGGAAGCAAGAAGGUGACCUCCGCCGAGUCAAGAAGACUAAGAAGAGUUUCCGAGGGAACAAAGCAAGAUGGCCACAGUUAGAGGAUAAAAUGGAACAGUGGGUUGUUGAACAGAGAGCAAAGAGCAGGAGCGUGUCUACAGUCUCUAUUCGACUCAAAGCAGCAGAGUUUGCACGUGACUUGAAUAUCGAGAACUUUCGAGGAGGUCCUUCUUGGUGCUUUCGUUUUAUGAAAAGGCGUAAUCUCUCCAUACGCUUAAGGACUACCGUCUCACAGGAACUGCCAAAGAAUUACAGACAGACCGUGGCCGUUUUCCGGACCUACUGCACCAACAAGAUCUCCGAAAAGAAGAUCCGGCCAGAACACAUCACCAGUAUGGACGAGGUCCCCCUCUCCUUCGACAUCCCCGUGAAAACAGUGACGAGCACAGGGUCCAUCCACGAGAGGUCAUCCUUCACUGUGGUUCUCGGCUGCCAGGCUGAUGGUCAGAAACUACCACCGAUGGUCAUUUUCCAGAGAAAGACUUUACCAAAAGAAAGGUUCCCAGCCGGCGUCAUCGUCAAGGCCAACCCGAAGGGCUGGAUGGACGAGGAGAAGAUGAGUGAGUGGCUGCGAGAGGUUUACGUGAAGAGACCGGAUGGUUUUGCCCCCACGUCGCCCUCGCUGUUGAUCUGUGACUCCAUGCGCGCCCAUCUCACCGAAGCCGUCAAAAUGCAAGUGAAGAAAAGUAAUUCGGAGCUCGCCGUCAUUCCGGGUGGAUUAACCAAAGAACUCCAGCCGCUGGACAUCGGCAUCAACAGGUCAUUCAAAGUGAAGCUACGAGCCGCGUGGGAGCGCUGGAUGACUGAAGGCAGACACACCCUCAUCAAGACGGGGAGGCAGCGCCGGCCGAGUUACUCCAUUGUCUGCCAGUGGAUCGUGGAUUCCUGGGCUCAGGUAUCGGCCUCGUGUGUCGUCCGAGCGUUCACAAAGGCCGGAAUCAUCGCGCCACGUACCGGUGACGGCAACGAGACGGACUCGGAUGACGAGGAGAGGGAUCCGGGCAUGCUUGACGCCGGAAUCGCCCAACUGUUUAACUCAGACACUGAAGAUGAAGGCUUUGAUGGAUUUGUGGGAUGUGAUUGAACUGAAAAAGUGAGUGUAUGGUUUUGUGCUUGACAUGUUGCAACUGCACGAUGUGGAGUUGUUGUGAAUGACUGGAGUAAAGUCUGACUUUUGCUUGAUUCGCCUUAUUAUUUAUUUACAUACUUAUCGUAGCAUAUUUGCUGUAGUUAUUUGUUACCGGUAAGUUGUGUUCUGUGAGUUCCGAUGUUUUCAGGUUACCUGAAGGGUGGUUGGGACUCAGAAGUGAGUGUUU